AGUGAGUGAGUGAGUGCGGGGACAAAGCAGCGGCGUUCACUUGGGACUGCACCUUCAUCACCUUCAUCACAACCAGCACCGCUGUCAUCUUCAUCUUCACCAGCCUCCGCGGCGGUGAGAGACAGCGAGAGACUGACACGGGAGCAGCUCAUGCACGAGGAUGGACAUAGACCAGAGGACGAAUGGGUUCGACUACCCGGAAAGAAACAACAGCAAGUCCGUCAACGGUUUUUACACAGAGCAGAUGCUGGAGUCUGAACACAACGGCAGCAUGGAUGCAAUCAAUGAAAGUAAUCUAGAUGAUCCAGCUGACCAGCGUACUUGCCUUAUCUGUGGAGACCGUGCCACAGGUUUGCACUAUGGCAUCAUCUCGUGUGAAGGCUGCAAGGGCUUCUUCAAGCGCAGCAUCUGCAACAAGCGUGUGUACCGCUGCAGCCGCGACAAGAACUGCGAGAUGUCACGCAAACAGCGCAACCGCUGCCAGUACUGCCGUCUGCUCAAGUGUCUGCAAAUGGGGAUGAACCGCAAAGCGAUCAGGGAGGAUGGAAUGCCAGGAGGGAGGAACAAAAGCAUCGGGCCUGUUCAGAUCACAGAAGAGGAGAUAGAGCGGAUCAUGUCAGGACAGGAGUUUAAGGAGGACGCCCCAGACCACACCUGGGGCAACAACGGCGACAGCGACCACAGCUCCCCCAGCAACGGAGCCUCUGAGGGCAACCAGCCAUCGCCUGCCUCCACUCUGUCAUCCAACCGCUCUGUGGAAAUGAACGGCUACACAGCGGCCCUCAGGGACCAUUACAUCAACACCUCCAUGUCCACACACUACCAGCUCCUGCCUCACCUGUUCAGCUACGCCGCUCAGUCUGGCCUGCUGGCCCCGCAGCCCCGCAGCCUCUACCCACAGUCCCACCCACUGGUGCUGCAGCUGGUGGCGGCCGAAGACCUGGCCCCACUGGCCACGCCCAUGCUCAUCGAGGACGGCUACAAAGUGACACAGGUGGAGCUGUUCGCUCUGCUGUGUCGCCUGGCAGAUGAGCUGCUCUUCCGCCAGAUCUCCUGGAUCAAGAAGCUGCCGUUCUUCUGCGAGCUCUCCAUAGAGGACUACACCUGCCUGCUCAGCUCCACCUGGCAGGAGCUGAUCCUGCUCUCCUGCCUGACUAUCUACAGCGCCCAGAUCUUUGGUGACCUGGCCGACAUCACUGCCAAGUACACGCCGACGGAUGAUGAGCUGCAGGGGUGAGUGGCCUCAGAAAUAAGA